UGCCCAAUUUAUAUAACAAAACAAGAGCUAGAGUCGCAGAGCAGCUGCAAAACAUAGUUUAUUAUUCCACCACUACCGACCUAUGGUCCAGCCGAACCACACACCCAUAUUUGAGUUUGACCGUGCAUUUUAUUGACGGAGAAUGGGCCCUGCGAGGCAUGUGCCUGCAGACAUCGUACUUCCCGGACGACCACACUGGCGAAGUAAUAGCCCAAGGGUUACAAGACUCGCUGGCCUCCUGGAAGCUUCGAGAAGACCGUCUUGUUUGCAUGACUACGGACAGCGGUUCCAACAUGAUUAAAGCCUUGAGACUGACUGAGUGGCCCAACCUCCAAUGCUUUGGACACAGACUUCACAAUGCCAUCAUGAAUGGUAUGAAAGAUCCACGGAUUGACCGUGCCAUCGGGGUUUGCAAAAAGGUUGUAAGUGCCUUUUCCUUCAGUUGGAAGAAGAGAAGAGAUAUGGCAGUGGUACAGGCUGAGCUCGGUCUACCAUCUCACAACCUCAUCACCGAGUCCCUAACCAGGUGGGGUUCGAGACCACUGAUGGUAGAACGACUGUUGGAACAGGAGAAGGCCAUAGCACAGGUCCUGGGAGCAGACAAGAAAAGCAGGCACCUGGUGCCCACCUGGCAGGACAUUGACAUGUUGGAGUCAAUUAAUAAAGCUGUAAGUCCACUGAAGGAAUUCACUGAUGCCCUAUCUGGUGAGGCCUACGUGAGUGUCUCCUACCUCAAACCGGUAAUCCACCUGUUAAACAACAGCCUUCUGCAGCCAGAGGAGGGUGAGACCGAGCUCACCAAACAAAUCAAGAGCAACAUACUCAACUACCUCAACAAUAAAUACAAUGACCCUGUAACACAGGAACUCCUGGACAUGGCCUCACUCAUGGACCCCCGGUUCCGGACAACCUAUAUAGCAGAUGACGAAGUGGACGGAAUCAAGAAAAGAGCUGUUCCAGAGCUGAUGUCUCUUCCAGCUGAGAAAAGCAAAUCCCAGCCUGGCACAUCUGUGCAGGACCUGCACCAAGAAGAAACUGCUGAACCUGUUACAAAGAAGAAGAAAACUCUAGCAAGCUUCUUCAAGAACAAGACACUGACAGUGUUGUCUACCUCCCAGUCAGAGCAGGACAAAAUUGAAGCUGAGCUGUCAUCCUACUUGUUGUCGUCUGAGACAGACCCUGAUACAGACCCACUGCAGUGGUGGAAGCUACAUGAAGCUAACUUCCCAAGACUGAGUAAUCUGGCCAAGAAAUAUUUCUCCAUUCCUGCCACAAGUGCCCCUUCGGAGAGGGUUUUCAGUACGGGGGGUAACAUUGUAACAUGCCAAAGAGCAUGCCUCAAGCCAGAGGCAGUAGACAGGCUUGUCUUCCUCGCGAAAAACCUGUAGACAACUUCCUAGAAAGUUAAAGGGAUGUUAUUUUGUUUGAGGGUAUUUUUUUAUUAUUCAUUUCAUUAUCAUUAUUUAUUAUUUGUUGUAUUUCAUUUUACAAGUUUUUUUUUCAGUUUGAUUUAAAAAAAAUCUUUGCACAUUAAUGACA